AUGCUGGGGGCCAUAGCGGCCAUGUACGCCGUGACAGAGAGUGUGCUGGGCACUGCUGUGUUCGCCACCACGAUGGGAGUGCGCCAGGGAUCCCCGACAUCUUGUCUUUUGUUUAUUAUAUUUGUUAAUGACCUGAUCAAGUCUAUAAAAGAUAAUUGCGAGGAUGAUGGGUUUCUCUCCUGGCUGCAUAUUCUCGUCCUGAUGGACGACACUGUAUUGUUGGCUACCACGAGGGAGAGAAUGCUGCAUAAGAUAGGACUUAUGAAAACUUACUGUGAUAAUUAUGGAAUGAAGGUCAAUGAGGCAAAGACGAAGUUUUUUGUAGUGGGAGGAAAUGCAGCUGAUAUGGAGCCCCUACGUGUGGAGGGGUUAGAGGUGCUGCGAUGCCAGCAGUACUCAUACCUCGGGGCCACCUUCACAGCUGACGGCUCGGUUCACCAGGCAGUCAGGACUCACGCCCUUGCUAAGGCAGCCCAUGUCUCCAAAUAUAACACCAAAGACUAUGUCUAUGACCUGAUCCAUAAUGAUUUAGAUGAUAUCAGUAUUGGAAUGAGAGAACUUAAGCGGAAUUUACAUCAAGUUGCGUCCUCCAGACGCAAAACCUAUCUCGAGAUGAACCCUAGUUUGUGUGCCCAUCCUAUAUAUUUGGAGAAACAAAAAGUGCCGGAAAAAGACCGCGUCGCCUUCACACGCUUCAGGGUGUCGAGUCACUCUUUGGCGGUGGAGCCUAUUGUUCUCCGAAACUGUGCCUCCGUGCUUGCACCUUGCCUAGUCAAACUCUUUCAGCUCUGUCUGUCAACAUCUACCUUUCCUUCUUGCUGGAAGUUUGCCUACAUUCAACCUGUUCCUAAAAAGGGUGACCGCUCUAAUCCCUCAAACUACCGUCCUAUUGCUUUAAUUUCCUGCUUAUCUAAAGUUUUUGAAUCUAUCCUCAACAGGAAGAUUCUUAAACAUCUAUCACUUCACAACCUUCUAUCUGAUCGCCAGUAUGGGUUCCGUCAAGGCCGCUCUACUGGUGAUCUUCUGGCUUUCCUUACUGAGUCUUGGUCAUCCUCUUUUAGAGACUUUGGUGAAACUUUUGCUGUUGCCUUGGACAUAUCAAAAGCCUUUGAUAGAGUCUGGCACAAAGCUUUGAUUUCCAAACUACCCUCCUACGGUUUCUAUCCUUCUCUCUGUAACUUCAUCUCAAGUUUCCUUUCUGACCGUUCUAUUGCUGCUGUGGUAGACGGUCACUGUUCUUCUCCUAAAUCUAUUAACAGUGGUGUUCCUCAGGGUUCUGUCCUGUCACCCACUCUCUUCUUAUUAUUCAUUAAUGAUCUUCUAAACCAAACUUCUUGUCCUAUCCAAUCCUAUGCUGAUGAUACCACCCUGCACUUUUCCACGUCUUUUCAUAGACGUCCAACCCUUCAGGAGGUAAACAUAUCACGCAGGGAAGCCACAGAACGCCUGACUUCUGAUCUUUCUAAAAUUUCUGAUUGGGGCAGAGCAAACUUGGUAUUGUUCAAUGCCUCAAAAACUCAAUUCCUCCAUCUAUCAACUCGACACAAUCUUCCAGACAACUAUCCCCUCUUCUUCAAUGACACUCAACUGUCCCCCUCUUCUACACUGAACAUCCUCGGUCUGUCCUUUACUUAUAAUCUGAACUGGAAACUUCACAUCUCAUCUCUAGCUAAAACAGCUUCUAUGAAGUUAGGUGUUCUGAGACGUCUCCGCCAGUUUUUCUCACCCCCCCAGCUGCUAACUCUGUACAAGGGCCUUAUCCGUCCAUGUAUGGAGUAUGCUUCACAUGUCUGGGGGGGUUCCACUCAUACUGCUCUUCUAGACAGGGUGGAAUCAAAAGCUUUUCGUCUCAUCAACUCCUCUCCUCUAACUGACUGUCUUCAGCCUCUCUCUCACCGCCGCAAUGUUGCAUCUCUAGCUGUCUUCUACCGCUAUUUUCAUGCUAACUGCUCUUCUGAUCUUGCUAACUGCAUGCCUCCCCUCCUUCCGCGGCCUCGCUGCACAAGACUUUCUUCUUUCUCUCACUCCUAUUCUGUCCACCUCUCUAACGCAAGAGUUAACCAGUAUUCUCAAUCAUUCAUCCCUUUCUCUGGUAAACUCUGGAACUCCUUGCCUGCUUCUGUAUUUCCACCUUCCUAUGACUUGAAUUCCUUCAAGAGGGAGGUUUCAGGACACUUAUCCACCAAUUUUUGACCACUGCUUUGACCCUUUUAGGGACUGGCAUUUCAGUGGGCAUUUUUUUUUAUUAGAUUUUUGUUGCCCUUGGCCAGUAUCCUUCCUACAUAAAAAAAAAAAAAAAAAAAAAA